CACUAUUAAAAAUGAAGUUUGUAAUCUGUUUAGCUUUGAUCGCAUUCACACAAGCAGUUAUGAUUAAACAUGCUUCAGAUCCUCAUGCUGCAGUAUUUGCUUAACUUGAAAAUCUUGAAGAUCAUCCUUUAGGAAAAAAGAUUCUUGAUACAAUUGCAAUCUAAAUGAGAAAUCAAUCACCACUCUCUGAUAUUGCAAAGAUGCUUUAAGAUUUAAGAGAAAACUUGGUUCUUUAAUAAUAAGAUGCUGAAUUAGUACAUGUUGCUUAAGAGGCUGAUUGUGAAGCUGAAAUUUAUGGAUACAAUAGAAGAAUUGAUUUUGCUUCAAAUGAAAUCACUGAAGCUACUAUGGAUAUUAAUAAAUAUACUUCUGAAAUUGAACUUUUAUAAUAAGAAAUAGAUAAUUAAGUAAUUUAAUUAAAUAUCCUCAAUCAAUAAGAAGAAUAAUUGAGAGAAUAAAGAGCUGAAGAUCAUGCUGCUUAUUAAGAAAGAGAAAUUUAAACACCUAAAGUAGUUGAAGCUCUUGAUGUUAUUGCUGCAAAAUUAAGUGCUAUUCAACCUGAAGCUGAUGCUGAAGUUGUACUUGCCGAAUUAGAAAGAGUAGGUGGAGAUAAUCCUAUUCUUGCUCUUGUUUAGUUGGCUUCAACAUUUUCAGCAGAAAAAUUAUAAAGUGUUUAAGCUAAAAUUGGUGAAUUGAGAGCUUCAUUAGAAUAAGCUUUAAUUGAUGAUAGAGAAGAAGAGAUUCAAUCAUAACUCAAUUUUGAAGCAUAAAUCUAUUCAAUUUAAGAAUAGAGAGAAGCUAUUUAAUCUGCUAAGGCUGAGGCUGAAACUAAGAUUGUAUAAGUUGAACAUAUGUUGGCUGCUGCUAAAAAGAGAAAGUAUGAUGCAGGAAGAGAAUUAGAAUCUGCUACUAAUGGAAAGAAAAUGAAAGAAGCUUAAUGUGAUAAUUGGAGAUCUUUAUAUGCAAGAGAUACCGAAUAAAGAACUACUGAAAUUAGUAUAAUUAGAUAAGUUGAAUCAAUCCUUGCUACAAAAUUAGAAGGAGCUUCCAACUACAUUAAGGGAAGAAUCAACUGAGUAUAAAUUUUAAUUUUAAACUCUUUUUUAA